GCUGAGCCGGUGGGAGCAGAGUGUGAGGCUCGGGGUUCAUGGUGUUUAUUGGGAUUAUUCCUGGUUCCAGAUCAGGAGGAACAAUCUGAGUUUAAGAGAGGACAUUUACUUAUCUGCGAAGGAGUCGGACUGUUUAAAUCAAGAAGAGAAGAAACUUUACAGGGAUCUAGUGGUAGAGAAUUACCAGACCCUCGGCUCUCUGGGUGUUUCCACCAGCAGAAUUUAUCCCAAAGAACAUGACAAAAACAGAAAUGCACAAAGCAAGAUUAUGAAGCAAUCUUUCAAGGAUCAAGUAUUCAAAUCUCCGAAUCCUAUAUGUCUACAUAUGAGCUAGUAAACAAAAAAAAUUCACAUAUUCUAAAUGUGAGAAAUAUUUUACCCAUCACUCAGCUCUUUUUAGGCUUCAAAGAUUUCACACAGCGGAGAUGCCAUUCUCAUGUUUUGUAUGCGGGAAAUGUUUUUUAACUAAAUCAGAUUUUAUUAUACAUCAAAGAACUCACACAAACAAGAAGCCGUUCUCCUGUUCUGAAUGUGGAAAAUGUUUUGGAACUAAAUCAGAACUUAUGGCACAUCAGAGAACUCACACAGGAGAAAAGCCGUUCUCCUGUUCUGAAUGUGGGAAAUGUUUUGGAACUAAAUCGGUCCUUGUUAGACAUAAGAGAACUCACACAGGAGAGAAGCCAUUCUCCUGUUCUGAAUGUGGCAAAUGUUUUGGAACUAAAUCAGGACUUAUGGUACAUCAAAGAACUCACACAGGAGAGAAGCCGUUCUCCUGUUCUGAAUGUGGAAAAUGUUUUGGAACUAAAUCAGACCUUAUUUCACAUUUGAGAACUCACACAGGAGAGAAGCCGUUCUCAUGUUCUGAAUGUGGGAAAUGUUUUAGCCAGCAUUCACAACGUGUUAAACAUCAGAGAACUCACACAGGAGAGAAGCCGUUCUCAUGUUCUGAAUGUGGGAAAUGUUUUGCCUUUAAAUCAAACCUUGCUAGACAUAAGAGAACUCACACAUUAGAGAAGCUGUUCUCCUGUUCUGAAUGUGGGAAAUGUUUUGGAACUAUAUCAGGACUUAUGGCACAUCAGAGAACUCACACAGGAGAGAAGCCGUUCUCCUGUUCUGAAUGUGUGAAAUGUUUUGGAACUAAAUCAGAACUUAUUUCACAUUUGAGAACUCACACAGGAGAGAAGCCGUUCUCCUGUUCUGAAUGUGGGAAAGGUUUUGGAAGUAAAUCAGAACUUUUUUCACAUUUGAAAACUCACACGGGAGAGAAGCCGUUCUCAUGUUCUGAAUGUGGGAAAUGUUUUAGCCAGCAUUCAUACCUUGUUGUACAUCAUAGAACUCACACAGGAGAGAAGCCGUUCUCCUGUUCUGAAUGUGGGAAAUGUUUUGCCUUUAAAUCAAACCUUGUUAGACAUAAGAUUACUCACACAGGAGAGAAGCCGUCCUGUUCUGAAUGUGCGAUAUGUAUUGUCAAUAAUCCAGAGCUUAUUAGAAAUCAGAGAACUUACACAAAAUAGGAA